AUGUCUACAUAUCCUUGGAAGGAUACUCUUCAAGUCUCCCUCUCAGCUGGAGAUCUCAGCACCCUUGUUCAGAAAGCACGGGCUCGACUACACCCGAAGACAUGCUCAACACAAGAUGCAUUCAAAGCCUGCCUACUCAAAGCGAUGAAACACGUUGUGUACAACGGGCUUACGUUGCAUCCGCGCGUUACGCGAAUUUUCGCUAUAGUAGAUGCACGCAAGGCUAGAAAUAUGGCUAGGGAGUAUUUCGGUACUGGCAUCACAGCUAUUGAUACGCCGUAUUUGUCAGCGUCUAAAAAGAAACUGGCCAAGGGCGAUGAGUGGAUUCAAUCAAUUCAAGCUAUCAACGGGCUAAUGGACUUGGCCCCCGCAUUUGACACUGAUACUUUGUAUGUAGAUGAUUGGACCAAAGUUUCUAUGGAGGAGAUAAAUUUCGGACAGGAGCAGCAUAUGUUCUGCCAGCCGUUAGAAGUGGAGGCUCUGCCGGUCCGAAAUUGGUGCAUGAUUUAUUCGGCAAAGGCUGCUGAUGCAGGAGACGCGAAUAGCCUGGAAUACCAGGUACAAGUCGUGGUGCCAAAGGGACGCGCAGCUGAGCUCAUUAAUGGGAUAGUCACGGAUGUGCAGGACGGAUUCGACGAGUACUUUUGGUAG